AGAAGGUGCUAUAUCUCAGGCAAAGUCUAUGGGGUGCUAUGUGCGUCGCGAGAAGUUCAUCGGUUCUCCUCAUGUGAGCCAUAUGAGGGCUGAUCCCGAGCGGUACUGGGGCAUCGUGCAGAAGUACCUGUUCACCAGGGCAUGAGUGUUUAUUCACAAGAAAAUCAUAACGCAUACCCGAUUUUUCUCCAUAGUUUUACGGAGUUUGGUCCCUUAGUUCAUCUAAAUCUCGCAAUUGUGAUCUCAUGGUUCCCGCGUUUCUGGUCCGUCAGUAUACUUCGGAGGCGACCUCCGCGAUGUUUUCAAAACAGUUUCGACAUUACAUGCUCGCUCUACUUUAGCACUGGUGUCUUUAAGGGCAUGUUUGUUUCUGGGCCGUUCCGGAACGGACGGCUUAUUUCAUAUUUACCUCUACCGUGAAUUAAAGCACCCCUGGCUCAUCGCCGUGGGCUCCCGAUAUGACCAUUGAUGAAGUCCAUAUGUCGAGAUUCUUCUCUUUUCAACCUUGCUCUCCCUUUUCCCACAUCAGAUCUUUC